AUGCGUGUUCUGUUUCAGGAUGUAUGGAGUGCCGGUGUGAUCCUCUACAUUCUCCUAAGUGGUGUUCCUCCAUUUUGGGGUGAAUUUGAGGAAGAGAUAUUUGAAGAGGUUUUGCAUGGCGAUCUUGACUUUUCAUCAGAUCCUUGGCCUAAGAUAUCUGCAAGUGCUAAAGAUCUAGUCAGAAGAAUGCUUAUCAGGAAUCCUAAAAAGCGGAUAACUGCUCAUCAAGUCCUUUGUCACCCUUGGAUUCAAGUUGAUGGGGUAGCUCCAGACAAGCCUCUUGAUUCUGCAGUCUUGAGUCGCUUGAAACAGUUCUCUGCCAUGAACAAAUUUAAGAAGAUGGCCCUUAGGGUUAUAGCAGAGAGCCUUUCUGAAGAAGAAAUUGCCGGGUUGAAAGAAAUGUUCAAGAUGAUUGACACAGACAACAGUGGUCUUAUUACUUUUGAAGAACUUAAAGCUGGACUUAAAAAAUUCGGCGCAAACCUUAAUGAGUCUGAAAUGCUAGAUCUGAUGAAGGCUGCCGAUAUCGACAAUAGCGGCACCAUUGACUAUGGGGAAUUUGUUGCUGCGACUUUGCAUCUGAACAAAGUGGAGAAGGAAGACCAUCUAUUUGCUGCAUUCUCAUAUUUUGAUAGAGAUGGAAGUGGCUAUAUCACUCAAGAUGAGGUUCAACAAGCCUGUGAGGAGUUCGGCAUAGAGGAUGUCCGCUUGGAGGAAAUGAUCCAAGAAGUUGAUCAGGACAAUGAAGAUGUGGAAUCUCUUACUGUGUGA